AUGGCAACCCAGUCCUCUCCAUUGUCAUGGCUUUUUCUCUACAUCUUCACUUUUUAUACGCUCAUUAGCAGCCAGGCAGCAUCUGAUGAUGAUCGAAAGGUCUAUAUCGUAUAUAUGGGUGAUCGUCCAAGUGGAGAAUUCUCUGCAGCAACGCUUCACAGUAACAUCCUGGAGGAAGUUCUUGGCAGUGGUGGAUCAAACUCUUUGCUCCACAGCUACCACAGGAGCUUCAAUGGAUUUGUUGCCAAGUUGACCAAAGACGAGGCGCAGAAAUUGGCCAGCACGGAAGGGGUUGUGUCUGUGUUCCCAAGUCAAAGGAAGCAGCUCCACACAACAAGAUCAUGGGAUUUCAUGGGCUUCUCCCAAAAUGUUGGAAGAAGAAAUCGUGAAAGUGAUAUAAUUAUUGGAAUGCUAGACACUGGGAUUUGGCCAGAAUCUGAAAGUUUUAAUGAUGAAGGAUUUGGUUCACCUCCAAAGAAAUGGAAAGGAACCUGCCAAGAGUCAUCAAAUUUCACUUGCAACAAUAAAAUCAUCGGAGCUCGAUACUAUAGGGCUGAUGGAACCUUUGGUCCAGAUGAUUUCCAAUCACCAAGAGACUCAGAAGGACAUGGGACUCAUACAUCAUCCACAGCAGCCGGUGCCUUGGUUAGCAAGGCAAGCUUGUUCGGCCUGGCCUCAGGGACAGCUCGCGGAGGGGUUCCCUCAGCUCGUAUUGCUGUGUACAAGAUAUGCUGGUCUGAUGGUUGCCCUGAUGAAGACAUUCUUGCAGCAUUUGAUGAUGCAAUUGCUGAUGGGGUUGACAUAAUCUCUAUUUCAGUCGGAGGGUCCAUUGCUGUGAAUUAUUUCGAUGAUACCAUUGCUAUUGGAGCUUUCCAUUCAAUGAAGAAUGGAAUACUUACAUCGAACUCUGCUGGUAACACAGGCCCUGCUCUUGCAACAAUCACGAACGUAUCACCUUGGUCUCUCUCAGUGGCUGCUAGUUCCAUAGAUAGAAAGUUUGUCACUCAGGUGAAACUGGGUAAUGGUGAAAUCUAUGAGGGAGUCUCUAUAAAUACUAUUGAACUCAAAGACAAGAUGUACCCUCUGAUAUAUGGUGGAGAUGCCCCAAACACUAAAAAAGGAUAUGAUAGCUCCCAAUCCAGGUAUUGCUCGGAAGACUCACUGGAUGAGACCUUAGUAGAAGGAAAAAUUGUUCUUUGUGAUGAGGUAAGUUAUGGGGAAGGUGCAAUAGCUGCAGGAGCUGUUGGUGCUGUGAUGCAAGAUUACCUGGAUUCCGCCUUCAAUUUCCCCUUACCUGUUUCUUGCUUGGGCUCGGAUGAUGGAAGUGAAGUUUCAAGCUACCUGAACACAACAAGAAAACCAACAGCAACAAUAUUCAAAAGUAUUCAAGUAAAGGAUGAAUUGGCCCCAUGGGUAGUUUCAUUUUCAUCCAGGGGGCCAAACCCUAUUACGAAGGACAUUCUCAAGCCUGACUUAACAGCACCAGGAGUUGACAUUUUGGCGGCCUGGUCUCAAGGGACCACUAUAACAGGAGUUGAAGGGGACGAUAGGGUAGUUUCUUACAACAUUAUCUCUGGCACAUCCAUGUCUUGCCCACAUGCAACAGCUGCAGCAGCCUACAUCAAGUCAUUUAAUCCAACAUGGUCACCUGCUGCUAUUAAGUCUGCUCUAAUGACUACAGCUGUUCCAUUAAGUGUUGAGACCAACACCGAUGCCGAGUUUGCAUUUGGGUCUGGUCAUCUGGCCCCUUCAUUCGCCCUUAGUCCAGGAUUGGUUUAUGAUGCUGGGGAGAUAGAUUACGUUAAAUUUUUGUGCGGACAAGGAUACAGUACUAAAACUCUUAGACUUGUUACUGGAGAUAGAAGCAGCUGUUCUGAAGCAAUAAAUGGAACUGCAUGGGAUCUAAACUACCCUUCUUUUGCUUUAUCUGCUAGCCUUGGAAAAUCUACCAAGCGAAUCUUUCACAGGAUAGUGACAAAUGUUGGACCAGCUGUUUCCAUUUACAAGGCAGUAGUGCAGGCUCCUCGAGGACUUGAAAUCCAUGUUCAACCAAGGGUUCUUUCAUUCAAGUCUCUGGGUCAGAAGAAAUCUUUUGUCGUGACAGUCACAGCAAAGGUUGAUGACAACAUGGUUUCCGGUUCUUUGAUCUGGGAAGAUGGGGUGCAUCAAGUUAGAAGCCCUGUGGUUGCAUUUGGUUUCUCAGAAGAAUGAUCAAAGCAAAAACAAGAUGAAAUUGGGUUCAUAAAAGAUGGAAUAAAAGUUAGAAACAUUAAAUGUAAUGAAUUAUAUUACUAAUUUGCACCAAUUAAAUUAAAUCUGGAUUGGUACUUUUGUUGGAGCUUUUGCAACAGUCGUGUACCACC